CAGUGGUUUCCUACUGGUCACAAUAGUUUGUGUCAACAGCAGCAGCAGCAACAACAAGAAGACAGUCACCAACGAAGUCUGAGCGAGGACGUUUCUACCACCGCGUCUUAGUUCAGGAUAUAUGCCCGGACGCCGCUCUCCAGCAUGCUGAGCAGAAAGGGGUCUUGUGCGGGGAUGAUGGGCGCUGCGGUCGGAGUAGACCGCAGCAGGGUCGGGGAGAGGCUGCAGGCUGCACUGGCCGGGCUGCAGGAGCUGCAUCUGCUGAAGGACCGACAGAGCGACAUGGUGAGCUGGGCGUUGAGGAUGGACCGCGAGAAGCCGGUCACUGCUGUCCUCGCAGACCCGGAGAGUCUCCGGACGAUGGGGGCCGAGGAACAGCGGCUGGAGGCGACCCUGACAACCCUGAAGCAACAGCUGUCUCGUCUUCGGAAACAGGAUGUAGGCCUGAAGAGUCACUUGCAGCAGCUGGACCAACAGAUCAGUGAGUUGAAGCUGGAUGUGAGCAAGGCCUCCACAGAUCAGCUGGAGAGUGACAGCCGGCCAAGUUCAGGUUUCUAUGAGCUCAGUGAUGGCGGCUCUUGCUCGUUGUCCAACUCCUGCACCUCCGUGUACAGCGAGUGUCUGUCAUCCUCCCAGACGAGCCUUCUCCUCUCUCCCAUGAGUCCUGCUAAUUCCCACAUCAGCCCGCCAUCACAAGUAGACGUAAUCCGCCGGCGCUCUGCCGAUGAGAGCUCAACCCAGACCAACCCUCCGCGGGCCAACGGCCUCCAUCUGGGCAGCAGCAGGAUCCGACUAAGCACCGAAAAGGCUCGGCCAAGACCUGUGUCAACAGGGGAUCUUGAUAGGAUGAUUGCUCAAGGACCAAGCUACUACAAAUCUGUGGAUGCAAAGAAACCAUCAAUGUGCUCAAACCUGAGGACCUCCACCGUAGACCCCAAAUUUCACAGCAACCUGGUGUCCCGCAGUGGGACAGAAGUGUACCGCUACCCGAGCCCCCUGCACGCUGUCGCUCUCCAGAGCCCAAUCUUUUCCCACGGGGGAGAACCAGCCACACCUGGACUUAUAGAGGGGCAAGGACCCCUUGCAGUGGGCGGUUCUGACACCCUCCAAAGGGCACAAAUAGGUUAUGAGACCAAGAACCUUGGUUACAUUGACAAACUCCUCCUGCGCAGCUUGAGCAAAAUCCAGAGUGAAAUGGGCACAGAGACUCUGCUGACACGCGGUGGCUAUCACAGGAGGCCCACUGAGAUUUUAACUGUGUUUCCCGAAGUGUCUCAGAAAGACUUGUCAAUGCUGCAGCCUCUUCCAGCCCCGGCCGCAGACAUCACUCCACUAGAUAGCAACCAGAAGAUACACUGUACAACAUUCUUCAGCCAAGAGCCAGCUGAUAAGGCAAAGCACAAUAAAUCAGUAAGAGCCCCGGAGGUUUCCUACCGAUACUCCUAUCCUGCUGCCAUGAGGGAUUACAACGCAGAUGAGGUCACCACUUUAUCUCUGAGAAAGAAUGAUAAACCACAAGGAGACCAUGCUUGUGUAGCGAGAGGCCAUCCAGAGUCCGUGCCCCAAGAGAGAAAGGUCUAUAGACAAAGAUCGGGGAUGGCCCACAGCUCCAGCACAGAGGAGAGUCAGAGCUCUGAGGUUUAUGCCGGUCACACAACUUCCCCAGAGUUUGUCCAUGCUGAAUUUGUGCCUGCUGGAUCUCAGAGGGUCAAGGUGAGACAGGCAGACCGUAAAACCAAAGCCGUGAAACUGAGAAGAAAAAGCAAUGAGAAGCCGAGAGCAAUGAGGCAGCAACACGGCUACUCCUCGGGUGAAAGGACCAUAGAGGCCAGUGGUGGAACCAAGGGGGAACAGAGAAGAUCAGGAAAAGGACAAACUACCCAGAAACUGACCACCAGUCACGCAGAGGAGCGCAGACAGGGCUCAGGCUCCGACUCCAGCCACUGCAGCCCGGGUUUCAUGUACACCCACAAGGUCCGUCCUAAGCCACAUCCCAUCCCUACUGUUGUGAAGUCCAGCAAAAGCCGCAGACUGCAGUGUCUUGGGUACGAGCAGCCAGUCGAGCAGAGAAAGAGGAGGCAGGGGGCUGCCAAAUGGCCAUCCGAUGUGGAGAUGUUCCACGCCUCAUGUGUUCAACAUCAUGUUCAGGUACCAGGGAGCAUGCAGAUGGUCCGCAGUAUAAGUGCCAAGUCAGGACAGUGGAUAGGACCUCCUCGCUCCUUCCAGUCCUCUAACCCUUUCCUCCACAAUCUUAAUGCCAGAUACCCUCCAGCAGCCUUCAACAGCUCCAGCCACUACCCACCCAGGUGCGAGUCAGAGUACUCUGCCGAAUGUGCCUCACUGUUUCACUCCACCAUUGCUGAAAGUAGUGAGGGGGAGAUGAGCGAUAAAACCACCAACCGCUUUGGAGAUAGCGAGUCGAGCCAGAGCGUUCAGUCCUCGGACUCUGACAGCAGCCUGUCCCUGGACGAGGAAGACCAGGUGGACAGCCAGGAGGAGAGAGGUCUGGUGUGGGCUGAGGCUGCUCUGGGGCCCACCGCAGCUGGACAACCCCUCCAGCAGCUCCAGCGGCUCCAGCAUCUCCCGCGCCCCGCGCCAUCAGCCUGCCGCAUCAAAGCUUCCCGAGCCCUGAAGAAGAAGAUUCGUCGGUUCCAGCCGGCCUCCCUGAAGGUCAUGACCCUAGUGUAGCAAAGUUCCCCCUGGGCAGACACAGAGGACUCUGGGAAAUGCUUUCAAAACGGUUUGGAAACCUGGUCUUUGACCUCAACACCCUGAAUCAUCACUGAGAAGCUUCAAUUUAACUGUUUGCUGAUUAUUAUGUUAAAAUAAUUUACAAUUAUUGAACAUGAAACUGUAGACACUGCACUGUAUAAAAGCAAUUGUAUAAAACACAAUUACACUUAAUUUGUAAAUAUUGAUUCUGUAAUCAGGGUUUGUCAUCAUGUGGCUGCAUUUUACAUUUCUGUUAUAUAAUUCUAUGUACCUAAGAAAUAAAACCAAUCUUUUUACAUAUCUUAUUGC